CCCCACCCCUCCUCCCUUACUCUCUGUCGGCCUUCAGGAGGGGCUGAAGGUGACUCUCUUCUCGGUUGGGAUGCACAGCGAGCUGCUGGGGGUCGGUACGGCCCGCUACACGCUGCUAUACCCCGGGAAUAACGACUCACCUGCGGGGCUUUAGGGAUUCACCACCCCGCCACCGUGCUGCUUCAAAUCGGGUUAUUUAUUUUUCUUCCCUGUAGAGGACACAGCAGCUAUCUAAAACGGGGUAUCUAUCUGCCUCUGUCUCUCUGUCUGUGUGGCCGGGCUCCGGUGGUGGCUGUGCAUGCAUGUGUUCUGCACCGUACGGGCGGAAAAAGCGCCCGAGAUCCGCAGGGAGCAUCUUCCCCAGCGGUAAGGUGGCGCAGACGGAGCCGGAGCGGCGCGAGAGCACGGAGGAGGCCGUGGACGGCAGCAGGAUGGCAGUGCAGGAAUUCAACACCCUGGUAGCGCUGUACCGGGAGCAGGUCAUCUCCGUGGGGGAGAUGUCCGCCGACUGCCCCUCUCUGCGGGCUCACAUGCAGCACACACGGGCCAAAGGAUGCUCCAUGGCCCGGGCGGCCCACCAUGACCUCAGCCUCAUCUCUGUGUCCGGUCUGGAGGACGGGGAGAUCCACCCUGAGAUCUGUCGGCUCUUCAUCCAGCUGCAGUGCUGUCUGGAGAUGUUCAUAACAGAGAUGCUGAAGUCCAUGUGCCUACUGGGGGUGCUGCAGCUGCACAGAAAAAGAACGGAGUCGGAGCCGAGGCUGGACUUCAGGGUGGACGAAAGCUCGGACGCUCCCAUCCUGGAGGAGCGCUCCUCCUCCCCCAUCGACUUCCCUCAGGAGCAGUGGCUGGUGGGAAUGGAUAUUGAAAAUAUAGAGAGAGAUAUGCGGGAGAUGCGAAACCUACUCAGCAAACUCAGGGACACGAUGCCACUGCCACUGAAAACCCAAGACGACAGCAGCUUGUUGAAUCUGACCCCAGACCCGCUGAUAAGACAGAGGAAGAGACGCUUCCCUGGACUCUGCUGCAUGGUGUCUGGCUGAGAGCCUGAAGGCAGCACGACUGUCAUAGGAAAGGACUUUCACUUUACGUUAUUGUGUGAUGUCGAUCACAUUUAUCUUUCUAUUCAGUUACAGUAUUUCCCUCAAUAUUAUCUGAAAUUGUAAUCUUGUAGUACCUGUUAUCUAAUUAUAUGCCAUUUGUCUUAUUCAUCUUGAUGUUACCUUUUUUUUUUUGCUUGUUGGUCAUUUGGUUCUGGAGUUCUGCGACUCACCUCGGUUCUGUAUUUGGGCUUGAAUCAAGUUUUAUUUUGGUUAUUUAAAAUAUAUAACACAUAGAUUGUAGUUACACAAUAGAGAGCUGCAGGAAUAAUACCUAAAAAACGGAAAUAAUGAAGCAUUUUUGCCCUUCCUGUUCCCUCGUCUCGAAGUCAAUGGAUUUGUUUCGAAUGGGUUUUUGUUACACCCUUAAAUAAGGUCUUUCAUUAUGCUAAAUACAUUCUGUUCUGAAACAUAAUAUACUUUAAUCAAUACCAUAAUCAUGAAUUUUGAAUAUUUGAUCCGUCUUAAAAGAGGCGGUUGUGGCUACAAAACAUUUGAGCAUCAUUUGGCUUUAGCUUAGUGAUGGUGACAUUGAAGUCAUGUGACCGGUGUGCUUCGUUUCUUAGCUUAACGUUAGCUUUUUUCUCUUGUGUUUACACUUAAAACUCCUAAAAGUGGCAUUCAUUCUUGAAGAUAAUUUUGCUGAACAAAACUGCAAAGUAUCAUGACAUUUGUGUGCACCUUUUUGGGGAAUAAUCCAAAAUCCCAUUGGCCUUUUGACGAGGGAAUCGGAAGAAUGCUAACUUCCGGGUCAGCUUACAGAAAUACGUCAUGCCUGCAGAACUCUAUAUCCAGUGGGAAAAAGGGAACUUCUGAAGCCAAAGUGUUGCAUUAGCCUGGCCAGCUAACAUUCAGUAUUCGAUACAUAUAAAAAAUGUUUUAGUACAAGCUAACUGUAAAGUACGAUUUGUUUAGCUGGGUCAGUAAGGAGGCUUUUUUCUUCAGGUGAGUUAUCUUUGCAUUUUCUUUCCUUUCGUACAUAUGCUGCCAUCCUUCCUCAAUUUUCUUUGUGUGCCAUUUUAUAUAAUACAAAAAUAAAAAUGUACAUAUUCAGG